AUGCACGAUUUUGUUCACCAACCAGGAGAUAGCACUGCCAACGCCCCAGCCCAGUCCAUCAUGAAAAUGCAUUCAACUGAACACAAAGUAUUCAACGACUCUUCGGAUGGCUCUUACGAAGAGCAGCACUCUGUGGAUGCUUCCUACUACUCUAAUAACAUCUCUCUCUCGAAUGGAGAGAACGGUGCUGAACAGCCUGCAAGCAGUGAAGAAUUCAAAAGCAGCUCGAGCAAAUCUCCUUUCAUUCUCUUCCCACUUAUAUCUAAGUUGUCCAAGUGUACUCUUGUUGAUAAGGGAUUAUUUAAUGUAUUUAAUCUUGGAUUUUCAUUCUUCUUAUUAUUCUGUUCAUAUGAAACAACUCAAAACUUCUUAACUACAAUCAGGGAAGAAGAGGGAUUUAUUGCUUUAUUUGUUUUAUAUACAGCAUUUGCAUUUGCAAGUUUUGUUUCUCCUUCAUUUUGCACACUAGUUGGAGAAAAAAUUACAGUCAUUAUUGGAAGCUCUGGAUAUAUUUUGUUUGUGUUCUCGGCAGCAAUUGAAAGCUCUGCUUUAUUAUAUCUAACUGCCGCGUAUAAUGGUUUUUGUGCCGCUUUGCUUUGGACCAGUCAAGGAAGUUUACUGACAUUGUCUGCCAAUUACUCGCAAGUGAUAAAUCGCAAACAAGUUGAAACGACAACAACAACCACAGAGAUUGGUUUAACAUCAAAAGAGUUUGAACUUGAAACCAUUGAAAAAGGAGAUUCUAGUAAUAUUAUUAAUAUUUCCCAUUCUAUUCCAGGAGAUGCUGACAUGGUGGAGAUAAAAAUCAAUAACGACGAAAUUGCGUCGCCCAUUCAACCUAACAAAACAGAUAAUAAUGCAAAAGAACAAAGCUCUCACAACGUUACUCGAUCUGUUGAAUUAAUGGGGAUUUAUAGUGGAAUUUUCUUUGGAAUUUAUCAAUUGAACUUCAUUGCUGGAAACCUAUUGGCUGGCUCCUUAAUUUCUGCAGGCUUUUCCAAUUUUUCUAUUUUCUUUAUCCUUGGAUGUUUGUGUGUAAUUGGAAUGCUGUCUUUGUUUACUCUUAGGUCCAUGAAGCCAUAUUCUCUUGUUCCAAAUAUUAACCAAACUGACACAUCAUCAAGCACAGAAGAACGUACUUCAGAAGUUUCAAGUAUUCAAAAGAGAAUGGAUUUUGUCAGGAAGCAAGGAGUUGAAUUUUUAAAGCUUGUUAAGGGUAGCAUUUUCGUUCUCCUUUCUAAAAAGAUGCUCAUAUUCUCGCUCAUUAGCAUUUACUCUGGGUUUUCUGCAUCAUUCUUUUAUGGAUCUCUACCACCAAUCAUUGGUAAAUCAAGAAUAGGUUGGGUAAUGAUUGUAUUUGGUGUCUCUCAGGUGUUGUGUGCGUUGAUUUCUGGAAAGUUAAAUGAUUUUAUCGGAAGAAGAGCAAGUAUGGUAAUGUCAAUGGUCAUCCACGCACUAGGAAUUGCAUUGUCGUUCCAAAUGGUUUAUUGGGGGCAAUAUGCCAAGCAUAAGGAAAUUUCAACCGAAAUUUACCUAUUAUUUUUUGCCACAAUGGGAGUUUUUGGAGGAGCUGAUGCCUUUCUAAUGAACUCAAUAUAUUCAAUAUUGGGCAGUAGAAAUUACUAUAAGAAGAAACAUACAAGUGAAGCUUUUUCAGCUUUCAGAUUUGUUCAGUCCAUCUCCACAGCAGUUGGAUUUGCCUUUGGAAUUAUUCUACAAAUUGUAACCAUUCAAUUUUUAUUAGUGGUUUCAUUUGUCAUGUGCAUUAUUGCGUUUUUAAUUCUAGAUGGAUUCAUUGCCAGUGUCGAUAAGGAAAAACGUACAAGACAGAGACAAAAGUCUACUAAGGCUGCACCAACCACUGAACAUGCUGUCCAUCCUGCCCUUGAGAUUUGA